AUGGUACAGCUCGACGUCGUCCGCGCCUGCGGGAAAGACCUGAUCAACAAGCAAUCAAUCACGGCCGUAUUCGUGGGCGGCACUUCAGGUAUUGGGGAGUACUCUUUGCGCGCUCUGGCAUCUGUGCACGGCCAUUCUGGUCAUGGUCUGCGAGUGUAUAUUGUCGGCCGGAACGAGAAGGCUGCAAACACAAUUAUCUCGGACUGCCUGAAAGUAUGUCCAGCUGGGACCUUCCAUUUUGUACGCGCCAGUGAUCUCGCAUCCCUCAGGGAGGUCGAUCGCAUUUGCAAAGAGAUCAUAAAUGCAGAGGGAGCCAGUGCUGGCAAGUCAGCUUCCAUUGACUUGCUUGUCAUGUCUCAAGCUUAUUUUGCCUUUGGCAGCAAAUUGGAACGACAAGUGACUAGUGAAGGACUAAAUAUGUCUUUGUCUCUACUCUACUACUCGCGGAUGCGCUUCGUUGCCCAGCUUCUCCCCCUACUCACGGCUUCUCCCCUUCCAGGGCGUGUCGUUUCUGUCUAUGGCCCUGGGCGUGACACCAAGCUCAUAUUAGAUGAUCUUUCCCUCGGCAAGCCUCAAAACUUCAACUUCACCACUUUGGGUUCCCACGCGGCCUAUAUGACCACUUUUUUCUUCGAAAAAAUUGCGGCCGGCAAUUCAGGGAAAAUCUCCUUGUCCCAUUAUUUCCCCAAUCUCGUUAUAACUCCUGCAUUCAAGGGGGAUGGUGUCCCCGGCUGGUUCAAGGGAGUUUUCACAGCAGUUAGCCCGCUAUUCAAACUUCUCAGUGUGAGCCCGAGUGAAUGUGGUGACCGGGUGCUCUUUCACACCUCACCUCGUUUUCCAGCCCGACCGUCAGAAUCGAAGACGCAGUCCCCAGCCAAAAUCGGAAACGUCACCGUCGCAAUGUCUUCAGAUGGAGUUCGUGGUGGCGGAGCCUACAGAGUUAAUUGGAAUGGAGAAGAUGUUCCCCUAGGAAAGGGGUACAAAAACAUGCGCAAAGAUGAAGUCCGCAAAAAGGUGUGGGACCACACAAUGACCGUCUUUCAUGACAUCUCGAAUGAUGGCCACUUUGCUGGAUAG